AUGAGCGAUGGCGAGGCUGUGCAGCUGUAUGUCUACGACCUCAGCCGGGGCCUGGCCAAGGUCUUCAGCCCGAUGCUGCUGGAUAAAACGAUCGAGGGUGUGUGGCAUACUUCCAUCGUGGUAGGGGGCACCGAGUAUUUCUACGGGCAUGGCAUCAACUCCGCCACCCCAGGCACCACGCCCUGCGGCACGCCGGUCGAGGUCAUCGAGCUGGGCCGCACGCACCUGGACUCGGGCACCCGCGACGCCCUGCUGGCCGACCUGUCGGAGCGCUACUCCCCCGCCGCCUACUCCCUCUUCGACAACAACUGCAACAACUUCUCCGAUGACUUUGCCCGUCUGCUGGUGGGCGAGGGCAUCCCGGCCCACAUCACGGCGCUGCCCGAGGAGCUCCUGGCGCAGCAGCUCGCCGCCGCGCUGACGGGGACGAGCGGGGGCACCUGCGCCGGGGAUGAGCCGACCAGCCCCCGCACGCUGGAGCGCGACGUGGACGCCGCCAUCACGCGCACCAUGGAGGAGGCCGCCGCGCUGGCCCUGCAGCAUGAGGCGCAGCGCCUGGCGGGGCAGCAGCCGCUGCACGGCGCGGGGCUGCUGGACGGCGGGUCAUGA